AUGUCACUAUAUUAAUUUCUAAGAGCAUUUAAUUCAUAUAAGCUUGCUAAUUAUUCUCUAUAAUCAGUACCUUUUCUAUUUAAGUACAAAAAGGAAAUCGUUAAAAUUAUUGUUAAAAUAUAAUAAACUAUCAUAGCUGGAUGGCAGUAAACAACAAUCAGAGCUAAAGAAAUUAACAUAAUCCACACAUAUGCUAUUAUAACACCCAAUAUUAAUAAAAAAUAUAUAAAUGAAUAAAUACAAUUUAUCCAUUAGCAGGAGCAAUUUUCAGUUUUUGUUAUCUUUGUGCCAUCUGAAAGCGUUUAUGUUGUUUAUUCUUGUGAACAUAAAUUUUUGCACCCGCAAUAUGCAAAUAAAAGAAUCAAGAAAGUAGGAAAAACAGCUAAAACUGCGAAAGGAUAGUACAUUAGGUCUUCAAAUGAUUAAGCUUUAAAACACUCUAAUAAGACAAUUAAGCAAAUAAAAUUAAUUAAUGAAAAAACAACUCCAGUAAUAUAUAUUGCAAAUGAUCCAAACGUGUAAAUACCAUAUCUCAAAUUUGCACACUCUUCAUACACAAUAGCUGUGAGAGGAGAUAUUGAAAUCACAAAAAUGAAGUCAUAAAAUAAAUUGAUAUAAUCAAUGUAGGAGAUAUCAAACCUCUGA